UCAAAAACGAUACUUGGUGACGUGGUGAGAGUUCGAGUUUGUAUCGGAUGCUGCUACAAUGUAACAUAAUCAAGCGUUCAUUCAUUCACAGCUUACUGAAACGCAACGAUGAUCUGCAUUUUAUUAGUUGCUGGACAUGACACGGUUUUACAGUCACAGUUGAAGAAUGAUGACACUGGUUUGUAUGGUCACCUGACCGGAGUUCCCAAGGCCCUGCUCCCUGGGGUCGGAGGAAAGAAAAUCCUGGAUUUUUGGUGGGAAACUGUAAACACGAGACAGUUGUUCACUGAAGUGUAUCUGGUCACAAAUGCAGACAAGUACAAACAUUACGAGCGCUGGGCAACAGCUAAUGAUUUUCCGGUGGAGAACUUGGUAAAUGACGGGAGCACCACGUUAGAAGAUCGUCUCGGUGCUGUGGCUGACCUUGAGUUAGCCAUUCGAAGCCGUGGACUCAAAGAUGACAUCAUGGUGAUUGCUGGAGACAUGCUCUGUGCUGACCAGAACUUUGAUAUAGCACAAGUGGUCCGGUUCUAUAGAUCGAAGCCAGGAGACCUGGUAAUAUACUAUGAACUGGAAGAGAGCGAGAAAAGCAACUCCCGUGGCAUUGUGGAGGUGUGCCCAGACACACACAGGAUCACAUGCUUCCUGGAGAAGCCGCCUGAGGGCCAGACAUCGUCUCGGUUGGCCAGCGUGGUCUUCUACUGCCUACAGAAGGAGACGCUCCCCUACCUGUCAGAGUUCCUCUCCAAAACCCCGGACAUCAAUGCCCGCACCAUGGGGAAGUUUUGGGAGUGGUUCAUCAACAUCCAGGAGAUGCCCGUGUUCGGCAUGAAGCUCCCCACCGGGUUUCAGCUCAUUGGCCAAGUGGGGCUGUCAGAAUAUGCCAAAUGGUUGGCCCACUAUUCUGCCAAGCAGAGAGAGCCUCCUGUCAAGCCCAUUAUGUGCCGUUCAUUUGCCAGAGUUGGACUUAUGGGGAACCCUUCAGAUGGUUUCCAUGGCAAAACAAUUGCCAUGUCCAUCUCUAACUUCUGGGCCGAGGUCACGCUUCUGGAAAGCCAGACUCUGGUCCUUCUUCCUCAUCCACUCAAUGACCCCACAGAAUUUGGCAGUCUGCAGGACCUCUACCACAUCAGCAGAAAAGAAGGGUACCUGGGAGGUCUUCGCUUACUACAGGCUACUUGCAAGAAAUUUUAUCAAUUCUGCUCCAAACAAGGAAUUGCUUUGCGAAAGCAGAAUUUUACUCUCAAGUAUGACACAAACAUCCCACGGCAGGUGGGACUUGCUGGAAGUAGUGCCAUUGUGUCUGCAACCCUGAAGUGCCUGAUGAAAUUCUACAACAUUACAGAUAUUGACCUCCCUAAACCAGUGAGGGCCAACUUCAUCUUAAACGUUGAGACCGAUGAACUCUUCAUCACUGCUGGACUCCAGGACAGGGUGGUUCAGGUCUAUGAAGGACUGGUGUACAUGGAUUUCAGUAAACAGCUGAUGGAUGCAAAGGGAUAUGGAGAGUACAUCGGCAUGAACAUGGAGUGUCUUCCACCUUUCUGGUUGGCCUAUUUGGGAGAUCCCAGCGAUUCAGGCCGAAUACACAGCAAUGUUCGACAGCGAUGGCUUAAUGGAGAGACUGAAGUUAUUGAAGCCAUGAAGUCUUUUGCUGAGCUAACUGACCAAGCAAGGUCUGCCAUACAAAGCAAGGACUGGGCAAUGCUGGCUCAGUUAAUGGACAAGAACCUCGAGCUAAGGAGGUCAAUAUACACUGAUGACUGUUUGGGACCUGGGAAUCUUAAGAUGAUUCAGAUAGCAAGACAGUUUGGUUCGUCUGUGAAGUUUCCUGGCAGUGGAGGGGCUGUGGUCGGUCUGUGUUUGGAUCCAGAUCAAAUGAUGGAGAUGAAGAAGGCCUUUCAGGAGGCUGGCUGUGUUUUUUGUAACAUAAUUCCUUAUGAUCCCUCCCGUCCUUAGAGUACGAGUCAUGGCCUUAAAUCUGUGAGUAAUUAGCAACAAAGAUAUGAGAUAUGAACACAUUAUGCUAAUAGCAGAUAGCUGAUUUCAACGAAAUGCAGUGUAAUUUUGUAAGGAAAGCAGGCAUUGUGUGUGGCAGUUUUGGCAACAGUCCAAUACCACAUUUCAGCCAAGUAACCCUCAGGUGCACUAAGAGCUGGAGUGUUGUUUUUUUAUACAGUUAGAUGAAUGUUUCAUAUUUUACUUUUUAUAUACAGUGUAUGUGUGGAUAUGGUGUUAAGGCCAUUGAAUGUAACCUUGACAUGUUUGGGCAGGGACACAACACAUGACAUCUACAUAAAUCAUGUUGCCUUUAUUGGAUUGUAUAAUGUGUAUGAUUACAUACUGAAUAACUGAAACUGUAAUUACAAUUCACAUCGACACACAUAAUGUCAACGAGAGCAUGUGCACCAAAUAGCAAUAGCAAAUACCAGAGCCAUACAUAAUACUUCUCUCACUUGCCAUACAGACAGAGAUGAAUUACUACUUGAAAUAAACACAAGAAUGCUCAGCUCUUACUGAGACUUCACCUGUUUCUCCUAAAGCCCCCGUAGGAGACAUAAGGAGAGCAGGAGAGCUAUUUCUCAGGAGUUCAAAUGAAGAAACAUUAGAAAAUCUUAUGAUGAUCUUAGACCAUAGACAAUGUAGAGCUCUCAUUUUGAAUUUCCCCUUGGGAACCUUACGAUUAUGCUAUUUGGCAGACGCCUUUGUCCAAAGCGACAUACAAAUAAACAAAACAAUACUAUAAUUAAUUUAACUCUGAACAAAUUAAAAAGCUGGUCAGACUAAGGGAGAAUAACAAUAUAAACAAUAAACAAUAUCAAUUCAAGCAAACCUAUUGAAAAUAAACAGUGAAUAUGGGAGAAUAGUAAAUAAGCAAUAAAGUCAUUCAAUCAAUCGUAUAAUAAAAAUAACUAUGGCAUGUUAAGCAAUAUUAAAACAGCAUCAAUUUAGACAAUGGCUUAAUGAAAACAAAGCAACACUAUAUUACACAAACCAUAAGCACUUAAUUACAAGUGCAUAUUGAACAAAUAGGCCUGAAGACCCCUCUUGAAAGAUACAAAACUAUUAUUUGAAUGGAGACUGCAACUCAUUCCACCAACGUGGAACCACUGAUGAAAAAAAUCUUGAAUUUGACCUAGCGCUUUUAGUUGGUCAACACAUCAGAGGAUCGUAGUGGGUGGUUGGGAAUGUACUGUACAUCUUAAUCAUUGAAUUCAAAUAGCAGGGAGCAGAUACAGUCAGUGUCCUAUAGGCCAAACAGAGAUUUAAUUCUGGCCACUAUAGGGAGCCAGUGGAGAGUAACUAAGAGAGGAGUUACAUGUGUCUUCGUUGGCUGAUUGAAGACGAGGCGUGCUGCAACAUUCUGUUGUAGUGAUCUUAAUACAUAAGCAGGUAGGCCAUGCAGACGGUGAUUCCCUCUGUCCCAUUUUUGUUAAAAGGGACGUACAAUAAUUAUAAACAUUAUCAAUAAGAACUUAUUGUUUAAAGUAGUCAGACAGUAGGGGGAUACAGGCUACAGCUCCCAUACCAUGUACAGAUCCAAGUGCCCAUGGGGACCCAGGAUCAAAUCUGACCCAUUCCUGAUCCUAUCCCAUCUCUCUCUCCCACUUGCUUCCUGUCACUAUUCACUGUCUUAUCUGAUUAAAAGCAAAAAAGCCCAAAAAUAUGCUUAUAAAAAGUAAAGUCAGAUAGCCCUCAUCAAAAUAUAAAAUGUGUAAUAUACUAAUUGAUUUUAAUUAGUAACAGACUAGUAGCAAAACGUAAACAGAUAGUGUCUUAAAUUGCCUUCUGAAAAUGCCAAAACUGCCACCAGAAAGGAAAGCAUUAGGUAAAUCGUUCCACCAACAAGGAAUCACAGACAAAAUAAGUCUUGACUCUGACCUUGGUAGAAGGCCGACGCAACAGACUCUCGUCAGAGGACCGCUGUGGGCAAGAGGGGCAGAGUGCGUGAGGGCUUUGAAUUGAAUUCUUGAAACUAUAGGAAUUAUGUAGACCAAACUACUUUAUAAACAAAUGCAAACUUUCUUUUACACCAGGAAAACAUUGUGUCUUUAAAGUAGCACAAUAAUUCACAUUUUUAAACGUAAUGGGAACACUCAAUUCACCAAGACCUACUUGGUCAGAACCACCAAUACUGUAUAUCGUGCAAUACCAGACUCUCUGGGCGAGUGUGCAUCAUUAUGGACAGACGUAUUGCCUAUUUCAAGUCUGCAUAUCAUCAAAAUGAAGCCAUUUUGUUAAGUAGUAAAGAAGUAUAUUGUGUUGUUUUUAAAUUAUUUGAUAAAACUACUGCCACACAUGGGAAUCAGUGAUCAAAAAUGAAAUGCUGUGUGAAAACUCCAAAUAAGAGAAAAUUAAUUGUGAUGACCCCUCCAUGUGAACUAAUUAUAAUAAAAAAAUGAGAAUUAGAAUGACCUUGAGAGUUGUUAAAUCACUCUGUUAAAUGCAACAAUCUCAGUGUCAAAUGUGACUGUAAUUAAUAAUAUAAUAAUGUUUUUGAAAAAGCUAUAUUAUUUCCUGAACCGAUACUGUAUUUUACUGAUUUCUGCAAUAAAUGUGUUUCUUACCGACAUUUAAAAA